AGAACAAACAUGUAGAAUCAAGAGGUCUAGCAAAGAUUUACUAUGAACUAGGCUCGCUCUAUCGAUCCACUGGUUCCAAAAUGAAGGGUCUAGCCUGUUUACAAAGGAGUGUUCAUCUGUUUGAAAAAUUUACUGAUGCAAGUGGAAAGGACUCUUCGCUAGCAUACAGUUUAGCUUUGAUAGCUUCUGCUUACUAUGAGGACGCAGAAUAUCCUGCUGCGCUACUGAAUUUCAAGAGAGCAUUGCACCUGCUUCCGGAAGAACAGACAUUAAGGAAAGUGAAGUACAGUAGAAAUUUGGGUCAGGUCUUACUAAAGGUGGCACAAGUACAGGAAGCAGUCGACACAAUCAUUACAUCCAUGGAACUCUUGGAAAGUGUGCCAGAUGAAGAUCGGGGAAACGCCCAAGUGGAAGACUUUGAAGCUUCUCUCGGGGCAGCUCUCGCGGCAGCCGGUCAAUUCUCUCUCGCAAAUGUGUACUUUGAGAGAGCCCAUGCGAAGUAUUCACUAUAUGGAGAAGACAGCGCCCUCCCCGCUGUUGAAGGUGGUAUGCGCAUUGGUGUCUACCUUGAAUGCGCCAGCCUCGUUCGCCAAGGCAAACUAGAGGAAGCGCGAGAAAUACUGGAAGGAUCAGAAGAAGAUCCAGGUGACCCAGAUCUAUACCGUAUGCUCGCGAACACGACUCACAAACUGGAAGGACUAGCUCAAACUACUCAGUUCCUUGAGACAGUUGUCUACCUUGAUCCCAAAGAUCACAGAAGUAGACGCAGCUUGGCACGCAUGUACCAUGUGCAAGCAAGACUGUCAGAGGCGUGCGGUCACGCUGAACUCUCCUCUAAAAUGAGUAAGCAAGCUAAUGACGAGUAUCACCUGGUCAUGCGCGACACACGUGAUUUGUCGGUGAUGACAGAGUUCGGGAACUUUCUCUACCUCAGCAGGAGGUGGGAAGAAGCCGUGUCCGUCCUUCGUCAGGCUGUCGCAGAGGACUGUAAUGUGGGUUCCUCACCCGACAUGACGUACGGACGUCUGGACAUGGCGGCGAUGCCAGAAGAGCUAAAAGGCGAGAUGAAAAACCAGAAAGAAGGGAAGCUUCGCGUUCCGUAUAGACAUCUUGCGUACUUACUUCUCAUCAGGGCAUUUCUGGAAUCUGAAAACCAAGCAGGAGUCAUUGACAUCGUUCAAGUAUUUGGACGUGAAGUUCAAGAUAACGCAAACAGUUCUAUGAUUUCCUGGUCCCUCCUUGGUUAUGCUCUCUGGCGAAUCGGACGCCAUCUUGAGGCAAGUGCAGCAUUCAGAAGAGGGUCAAUCCGCAUGGAAGAGACUUCUGACUUUGACCUUACGGUGAACAAUUGGGCAGCCUGUGUCAUCUGUGCAAUUCUGUCCAAACUGCAAAUCUAGCAGCAUCAAUUUGACUGUAGCUGGAACAAGAGCAUGAGAUUUUGGAAGUUUUUAGGCUAGGGUUAUCAUUAACGGGGGUUAUUAUUUCUGGAACGAGCUAGGAGAUUGAAUAACAUACUUGAAUCGGGACUUGGCCUUGGAUAGAAACUGUGCAGGGUUGACUCAUGCAGUCCUCGGAUGUUUGCUUCAUGUGAGAUUCUAAUGAACUUCAAGUCAUCACAUUCCAUCAGUUGAGAGUCUUUUUUGACCUCUUUUUAAUGUGACCUGUCAUUAAUAUCCUGUCAUGUGACCCUACGAAAUGUCAGCCUACACUGUGCAGAUGUGAAUACAUACAAAACCCCUCUUCCGUGUCAGCCACCCAAAACAAUACGUCCGCCAAGAAAGUAAUAAUUACACCACAUAAUAAAUGAAAGGAGCUUACUUGCCAAAGACCCGUUUGGAAAAUAGAAGUACUAUUCAUACAUAUGCACAUAACAACGAUGCAAUAUUGUUCAAAUGACACCAUAAUGCAACUGCUACAUUUCCUAGUAAAACGUUAAACUUUAUUCCAACACACAAUUUACAGAGAUCAAAUUUUUAGCGACCACUGUCGCCUUCA